AUGAACGACCAAAAUUCGGAUUUUAAUAGCUCGUUUCCAGUAACAACUAGACAAUCUGCGAGAGUAAUCAAUGGUGACCACACAGAAGUACUUGUUCUUGGUUUUAUAGAUAAGAUUCUUGUGAUUAUAUCCCAGUACGGAUCAAUCGGAAGUUUGAUAUACGCAACACUUGAAAAAUCCCCUACUGAUCUCGCACUGUCUCCGACAACUACAAGUACAUCACUUCUUGGCAUUUAUCCCACGCUGUAUCAAUUGUAUGUGAAUGAGAUUGCGCAAUUGAUCAGGAAUGAGAAUCAAGAUGAGCAGAGGGGUAUCGUGGUGGGGUUGGCUCUAAAGGAGCGAGCCGAGAACGAGGGAAAGCUAGGCGAUACAGAAGUUUUUGAAAGUGCUAUGGAAAUGAUAAAGGAGUGUAAAGUGUGGUAA